AUGCACCACGACAAACAAAUAGCUCAAGUGAAUAAAGAAAAACUAAAACCAGAAAUAAUUAUGGACUAUAAUAGAACCAAAAGUGGAGUUGAUACAAUGGACUAUAUGACAGAAAACUACACCGUUGCCAGGACAAGUGUACGUUGGCCAUUGACAAUUUUUUAUCCGUUGAUGAAUAUUGGUGGAAUAAAUUCGCAAACUAUUUAUGAAGCCAACACAAAAAAUAAAAUAUCACGUCUUUAA